GCAAGUGCAAAGAUGCUAAGUCAGGAAAAUACCAGGUCACCAUGUAGGACAGUCUCCUCUGACUCAAGGCUGUGGGGGCUUCACCCACAGGCAGCCUUUGCAGUACCUCUCACCCCAGGCCAGCCCUUUGCCCUUUCUCUCUCCUAGUGUGCACACGCCUGCCAGCCCCGCUCCACUUCUCUUUUGGGUUGCCCCUUCCUCACAGCCUCUAGGUUGCAUGUCUCUACUCACCUACCCUGGUGCUCCCUGCUCCAGCGGGCACCCUGCACACUUCGCGCGCCCUCACCUCUCUGCUGAAUCUUUUCUGUCCCCCGCCCUCUGCUCAGCGAAACUCGCGCGCCCCUUUUUUGCAGGGGGCCGUCUCCCGUACCUGGGGCAUGCUCGCUCGUUGCCUAGCGACCGGACGCGACUCGUGAUGGGCGCAUGCGUCCGGCGCGCGCAUCUAGAGCGCAGGUGCGGUUUGGGAAGACCGGUUCCUGGUGCUGGGCUGCUUUCCGGCGGGGAGAGGCGGUUUUGGCCGUUGGACCUCGGAGUGGUGUAGGACUCAGGCGACGAUGCCCAGGCUCCCCAAGCCGAGAGGAAGAAGUUUUUAUUUAGCAGUUAGAAAUGGAGUCAGCGUAUCUUCAAAAGAAUCUUGGGACAUGUCUAACUCUGGGUCUUGCAGAAGUGGCAAGGAUGCACCCAGUGGAUCCAAUAGAAUACUUAGCAUUGUGGAUAUACAAGUAUAAGGAAAACUUGACCAUGGAACAACUGAGACAAGAGGAAAUGGCCCAGUUGGAGCGUGAAAGAGAACUAGCUUUGAUGGAGCAGGAAAUUAUGGAGAAGCUUAAAGCAGAGGAGCUCCUGUUUCAGCAGCAACAGCUGGCACUCCAGCUGCAGUUGGAAACGCAAGAAAAAGAGAGACAGAAAAUAGAAGAACUGCAGAGAGUGCAACAAGAGUUGGAGAAGAUGAGAAUGAGCUUGGAAAAUACAGUGAGGGGUGAAGAUACUUCACAUGGAGAGGAUGUACCCGACUCAGGCAGAACGCUGGCUGAGAUCAGUGAUCGAUAUGGCGCACCUAACUUGAGCAGAGUGGAAGAACUCGAUGAGCCGAUGCUGUCUGAUGUUGCAUUAAACAUUGAUCAAGAUUUGUAGGAUCAACCAACCUAAGAACAAUAAAUUUUUCUUCUUGUUUCAAGUUUCAGAAUAUGAAGUCCCCAGUUGUAUUUUUUUCCUCUGAACCUGAACUCUAUCGUUUUCCUUCCAAAGACAACUUAUAAAUGGGCUUCAAAGGUGGCCUUAAGAUACUGUUUUGGAUUCCCCAAUGCCACUGGUUAUUUAUAUAUUCCAUUGGGAGAACAGGAGAGAGAGUAUCCCAGAGCAACCAAAAGGGGCAAACGGGAGAGGAGCUGAAAAGAGUAAGUGCAUCUGUGUGAGAACAGGAUUGCCUGAGAUGAAGGACUAGUCCGGGAGGCUGUCACUGUGCAGGGCUCAAGAAUAUCCAACAUGCUUUAGAUACAGUGUUUCCUCCUGGGAGUGAACAGCAAAGAUUUCCCCAGUUCGCUGGGAAGUGGUGCUUUGUGGUACCACUUAAUCCAUGCUUAUUGAUGGGGCUGGAAUGGGGAGGGAUGCAAGUUCCCAGGUACAGAGAAGCAUCAUUUCUUCUGGAAAAAAUCAGUGGGCAAAAGUACU